UUGUAACAAAUUUGUAUAUAAAAUCAAUCUUCAACACAGGUUUCCUAAACCAGCAAUAACUGUUUGUCUUUGGCAACUUCAGCUUUUAAACAAAGUUGUUGUUAUUUCUUGGAGAGCAUAAAACAAAAGGCAUAUACUAUAAAGUGGGCAUCGAGGGAAACGGAAAAGAGAAAAAGUCUCCAAUCCAAAGCCAUCAAAAGGGUCUGUUUGUGGCAUAAAAUUGAGCCAAGGGAGUUCUGCCUUUCUCUAUUUCUCUCUAUAGCUUUCUUUCUCCAUCACUCAUUGCUUGCAGUUUCCAUCAUAUUUUGGAUCACUUAAGUUUCAAACUAGGGGAAUCUUAUUGUAUUGAACAAUUUCAUUUGAUCUAGUUGGUCAUGUUUUUAUGACUAUACAAACAUUUUAAUUACAAGAUUAGCGUAUUUCUAAUUGUUUUUCUUUUCAAGCUUACAUCAUAUAUACCCAUAUAACAGAAUUAUUAGGGAAUUUGGUGUUUUUGUCCCCACAGAAUGAAGGGCCAAAAUAAUCAAUACUCCUUAAACUCUGUUUCCAAGUUUUUCAAUGCUCAAUUUCACUUUAUUCAGUUUCUUAGCUAUAUCCUUAUUUUGGGCUUUGGUAUAAGCAUUGGAGUUAUCUUCAGUUUCUACCUUAAAGACUGCAACUUUAGUCUACAAUUCACUCAGUUGUCACUCUCCUCCUUUCCGCGAACACCACCCUUGCCACCAACAACUGCUAAACCAGAAAUAUCUAAUCAAACUCAAACUCAAACUCAAUCACAGAUUCAAACUCAAACGCAAAUGCAAACUCAAACACAAAUUGAAACUCAAACUCAAAUUGAAAACAGUCACGUAGGAUUGAAGGAGUUCCUUAAGCCUCCUCCUGUUGUGCAUGAUAUGGAUGAUGAGGAAUUGCUAUGGAGAGCUUCGGUGACUGCAAAGAUCCCUGAUUACCCGUUUGAUCGUGUUCCAAAGGUUGCCUUCUUGUUCUUGACAAGGGGUCCUGUGUUUUUGGCUCCUUUGUGGGAGCAAUUCUUCAAAGGGCACGAAGGAUUCUACUCGAUUUACGUGCACUCCAAUCCAUCAUACAAUGGAUCACGCCCGGAGAGUCCAGUGUUUAAAGGUCGGAGAAUUCCCAGUAAGGAAGUGGAAUGGGGUAAUGUUAACAUGAUUGAAGCAGAGCGUCGCUUGCUGGCCAAUGCACUUCUUGAUAUCUCAAACCAACGUUUUGUACUCUUGUCUGAAUCCUGUAUACCACUCUUCAACUUCUCAACCAUCUACACUUACUUGAUGAACUCCACCCAAAACUAUGUCAUGGCUUUUGAUGAUCCUAGUUCUGUUGGUCGAGGCCGCUACAGCAUCCAGAUGUUGCCUAAAAUCUCCGUCAAUCAGUGGAGAAAAGGGUCCCAAUGGUUUGAAAUGGAUAGAGAGCUUGCACAAGAAGUGGUGUCUGACAAAAAAUACUUCCCAGUUUUUCAAGAGUAUUGCAAAGGUUCAUGUUAUGCAGAUGAACAUUACCUGCCAACAUAUGUGAGCAUCAAGUUUUGGGAAGGGAAUUCCAAUAGGAGCUUGACUUGGGUUGAUUGGUCAAAGGGUGGUCCACACCCAACUAAGUUUUUGAGAUCGGAGAUCACUGUUAAGUUCUUGGAGAGUUUGAGGGAUCAGAAAUGCGAGUAUAAUGGGGACAGCAUCAAUGUUUGUUUUCUGUUUGCUAGGAAGUUCGCCCCUAGUACUGUGUCAAAGCUCACCAAGAUUGCACCCAUGGUUAUGCAUUUCUAAUACUUUUACGGGCACAGAAACAGAAGUUACGACCAUAACCAAAUUAUUCAUUCAUUCUUUUUUAUUGUAAGUUCUUUGAUUAUCCGGUGUAGACUUGUUUCAUCAAAUACACUAUGAGCUAUAUCAUUGGCUUAA